GAUCCGACUCGGUCACUUCAUCUCGACUCACCGUCUCUUGCAGAUCAGGCUCCAAAUACCGGCGCAAAGUGUACAUUCCGCGCAAAGGCGACACGCUAAUCGGGAUUCGAUAAGUACUAAUCGCGAGGAAACGCGUUCACUGGAAAUCGGAAAAGUCCGCCAGUUAAUCGCGGCCGAUCAAAGACAGACGUCGAGACCGGGAGAUAAGUGAAGUGCACGAUCGCAGACUUUGAGCCGAAUUUCCAUUUUCGACGGCUUUUCGGAGGAUAAUUCAUCAAUUUUUCCCGAUUUCCCGAGGGGACGGCUACGAGCUAACUACCUCGAUCCUCAUUUUCCGGUUCGCGGCGAGUUUUAAUAGAAGAACUUUCCAGUCUUUCCGGGAAAGACCCCGGCGUCGAUUUGACAGCGAUCAGCUGAUUGUCAACGCUGACUCGAGGGCGUCGCGGAAUUCUCAUGUUCGAGAAUUUUAUGAGAGACUCCUCGAUCGUUUGGACGAUACUUAUAAACAGUGAACGAUCUUUCUGGACCAGUUGACUCGUUUAUCCGGUAACUUCGAUUUUACGUCAUCCUCGUUCGCUUUCCACUCUUCGAUAAAGCACUUGCGAGUGAGCGCAGAACCUAGCCCCGCCGCCGAGCAGCAGAAGAGCAGCGCCGAAUCAGCAGGAAGACAUCGCCAGGACAUUCUUCGAGAAUCCUUCGCCCAGGACAUCCCCGACCAGGUUUGCCCGACGAGAAGACACCUCCUCUGACUGCUCCUUCCACAAGCCAGAUUCCCCCAACCGCGCCGACAUCGUAGAAUGGUAGAAGGUGAACCCGACUCAAAGCACGACAAUAAGUGUGAUGUAAAGGACGAUCGUCUAAACGGCUGCGGUUCAAAGGACCUAGAACUUGCCGGUGUUGGGUCAAAGGGCAAAACCCUAGACCCCGAAAAAGGAUCGUACAUUAAAGCCGACUUCGAGAGGGCCAUCGAACUUACCGAAUAUGGCAAGUUCCACUACUUCCUACUGGCGGUCUGCGGGUUCGUCAGCACGAGCGAGGAGAUGGACGUAAUUUCCAUGUCCUUUAUCUUGCCGAGUGCACAAUGUGACCUGAAGCUCGAUACCCAAGCCAAGGGAUGGCUCAACUCCAUCAUCUUCAUCGGGAUGAUGGCGGGAGCAUACGCGUGGGGCUCGGUGGCGGAUGCCCUGGGUCGCCGCAAGGUGCUCAUCGCCAUCUCCUUCAUGAACGCCCUCUGCAUCGUGGCCUCUAGCUUCAGCCAGUCCUACGAACUCUUCAUGUUCUUCAGGUUCCUCAAUGGAGCCGCUCUUGGAGGCAGUGGACCCGUCAUCUGGUCCUACUUUGCGGAGUUCCAGCCAAAAUCCAAGCGCGGCUCCAUGCUGUCCUUCAUGGCUGCAUUCUGGACCCUGGGGAACCUCUUCGUGGCUGGCUUGGCGUGGUUGAUCAUCCCUCACGACAUCGGUAUCUCGAGCGUCUCGUUCACAUACAACUCUUGGCGAAUCUUCCUGCUGAUUUGCGCUGCUCCUUCGUUCAUCGUGGCGGGGCUGCUCCUGCUGCUCCCUGAAUCCCCCAAGUAUCUCCUAUCCCGCGGUAGAUAUGACGAAGCCCUCAGUAUCUUCCGCGGAAUUUACGCCAUUAACACUGGCAAACCUCAAGAUACCUACAUGGUAAAGCAACUAAUCCUCGACGACUUCCAAGUCUUGGAACCGGUGAAGCCAGGUGCCGUGGAGAAGAACAAGUACAAGAUCAUGCUCGGCGACAUCAUGGACAACAGCAAACAGCUCUUUGUCUCGCCGAUUUUGCGUUUCACCGUCAUCUCUAUCAUCAUCAACUUCACUUUCCACAUCGGUUACUACGGCCUGAUGAUGUGGUUCCCGGAGCUCUUCAACCGCUUCGACGAAUUCCAUCGCGACCACCCUGGCCAGCCGACUUCGAUCUGCGAGGUCACCGAUUACGUGGUCAAUCGUGGAUCUCAUAGCGUAGAAAAUGUCUGCUCCAACAGGAUCGGGGCCUCGGUCUUCAUGGAGUCCCUUAUCACCGUAGCAUCCGCCAUUCCCGCCAACAUCGUCGCCGUUCUUGGAAUGGACCGACUCGGUCGCAAGUUCUUCCUCGUUUUCAGUACCUUAUCUUCCGGACUCUGCUCCGUUGGUCUCUACUUCGUGUACAAUAAGGUCCAAAAUCUGGUCGUGUCGGCCGUUUUCAGUGGCGUGAUUAGCUGCGGUAACGCUGCCUUGGAUUGUCUGAUUACCGAGGUCUUCCCUACUAAUCUUCGAGCUACCGGCAUCGCCAUUUCCAUGGUAGCUGCGAGACUUGGAGGGAUCAUCGGCAACAUCGUCAUAGCACAACUUCUAGACAUGUAUUGUCCUGCCCCCACGUUCAUCGUCGCUGCUCUUCUUAUCGGAGGAGGUAUGCUGUGCCUAUUUCUACCAAACACGACUCGUGAACCACUUUCUUGACACCGCCUACAAGGCACUUUGAAGGAAAACCCAUGUAUAGUCAUAACGCAUUUGUAUCAAAUACCUGUAAGCAUUUCAAGGUGACACCAGCACGAGCGUUCCAUGUAGCAUAAUGUAGAGGAAAGUAUAGAUGUAGAUGAAACUAAAACAACGGGCGAUUAUCGUAUAGGCUAAGUGUUAACAAUGAAAAUGUAUUACGAGGACUGCUGUCAUAAGAUGAAAAGAAAGUCCCUUUAGGGGCAUACUUCGAGAAGAUAUUGUAAAGUCCUUACGGAAACCAUGAAAUCCUAGGUUGUGGCGAUAAGACCGAACCACUCGAACUUUUUGACACUGUAUCAGCUAGACAUAUGCGUUGGGUGUUUUGUACUACUUCUCAUGUUCGGUAACUUCUCAUUGUCAUCACGAUGUAAGUUUGUGCGUUACUCGUUUCUUCAAUAUUAUAGAUAUCUAAGAAUCUCCGAAUUGUAAUAAUUAAGUCUUGUUUCACGGAAGAGUGUUUAACGAAGUAUGAACAUAAAAGAAACUUUCAAUUUGAUUAA